GCCGCCCAACCCCAGUGGCGGGGCUCUGUGAGGCAGAAGCCUCAGAAGGUGUGGAAAGCGGCCCGGAGAGGCAGGCAGGCUGGGACACACGAGGCCGGGAGCGCGCGGGCAGGCUGUGCCCUGGCACGACUCACCCCGGGCUCACGCCCAGCAUCCCACACCCGGGAGAGCUCACCAUGCUGUUGUGGGUGCCACGGGCCCUGCUGGCCUUGCUUCUGCCCAUGCUCCUGGCACAAGGAGAAGCCAAGCACUGGAGGCCCCUCCAGGCCCAGAACAGCUCCAGGCCAGCUCUGCUGAGGCUAUCGGAGCACCUUAUGGCCAACUACGAGAAGGGCGUGCGGCCCGUGCGGGACUGGAGGAAGCCUACCACCGUGGCCAUCGACGUCAUUAUCUAUGCCAUCCUCAGCGUGGAUGAGAAGAACCAGGUUCUGACCACCUACAUCUGGUACCGGCAGUACUGGACUGAUGAGUUUCUCCAGUGGAACCCUGAGGACUUUGACAACAUCACCAAGCUGUCCGUCCCCACCGACAACAUCUGGGUCCCAGACAUUCUCAUCAAUGAGUUUGUGGACGUGGGGAAGUCUCCAAGUAUCCCAUAUGUGUACGUUGGGCAUCAUGGCGAGGUCCAGAACUACAAGCCCCUUCAGGUGAUGACUGCCUGUAGCCUCGACAUCUACAACUUCCCCUUCGACGUGCAGAACUGCUCCCUGACCUUCACCAGCUGGCUGCACACCAUCCAGGACAUCAACAUCUCCCUGUGGCGCCUGCCGGAAAAGGUGAAGCUCGACAAGACCGUCUUCAUGAACCAGGGCGAGUGGGAGCUUCUGGGGGUGCUGACCCAGUUCCGGGAGUUCAGUUUGGAGGACAGCAGCCAUUACGCAGAAAUGAAGUUCUAUGUGGUCAUCCGCCGGCGGCCCCUGUUCUAUGCGGUCAGCCUGCUGCUACCCAGUAUCUUCCUCAUGCUCAUGGACAUAGUGGGCUUCUACCUGCCUCCAGACAGCGGCGAGAGGGUCUCCUUCAAGAUCACGCUCCUCCUGGGCUACUCCGUCUUCCUCAUCAUCGUGUCGGACACGCUGCCGGCCACAGCCAUUGGCACUCCCCUCAUUGGAGUCUACUUCGUCGUGUGCAUGGCACUGCUGGUGAUGAGCUUGGCUGAGACCAUCUUCAUCGUGCGGCUGGUGCACAAGCAGGACUUGCAGCAGCCCGUGCCCGCCUGGCUACAGCACCUGGUUCUGGAGCGGGUGGCACCUCUCCUUUGCCUCGGGGAGCAACCGGCUUCUCGAAGGCCCCUUGUCAUCUCCCCAGCCACCAAGACUGACGACUGCACAGACGUGGGAAACCACUGCAGCCAUUUGGGAGACCCCUGGGACUUGGAGAAGACCCCCAGGGGCCGAGACAGCCCCCCGCCACCACCGCGGGAGGCCUCGCUGGCAGUUCGAGGGCUGCUACAGGAGCUGGCCUCCAUCCGGCGCUUCCUGGAGAAGAGGGACGAGAGCCGAGAGGUGGCCCGGGAGUGGCUGCGCGUGGGCUCCGUGCUGGACAGGCUGCUGUUCCGUGUCUACCUGGUGGCGGUGCUGGCCUACAGCGUCACCCUCAUCGCUCUGUGGUCCAUCUGGCAGUAUUCUUGAGUGGGCAUGGCCCGGCAGGGGUGCGGGGGCGGCAGGCGCUGUGAGCACAGGGAUGGGGCGCAGGGCCCAGAGGGAGCCACAGACGUCUUCGAGACCCUGUCUAAAGCCAGUGCGUCUCAGCAACUCUGAACCAGGGCUGAGGCUUCCCCAGAACGCUUGGCGUUCAAGACCCUUCCACCCCCGCUUCCCACCCCCAACUUACCAUGGCUUUAAAACAUGCUGCUGUAGAUCAGGACCAACCCAGGCGUCCCCUGCCUUCAUUCCAUUCAUCUAUGCCUCAAGCCUCGGUUUCCCCUUGUCCCCUCCCUGCAUACGGCACUCUGGACUUCGGCCCAUCUCCUUCAACCUUGGUUUUAGAUUUGAGGCAAACCAGCUCUCUACCACACAGGGCUGACUGCACCUCCUGAGGCUGACCCGACCUUAAUGGCUCCUGCCUCGCCUCACCUGUGGCCGCUUCCCAGAGCGCUCCUGUUAUGUCAGAGGACCCGGGGGGAGGGGGAAAGGGCAGAGGGGGCAACAGAAUACAGUGAAGGCCUAGACUCACUUUUUUUUUUUUAAAGAAUUUAUUUAUUUGACAGACAGAGAUCACAAGUAGACAGAGAGGCAGGCGGGGGAGGGGGGAGAAGCAGGCUCCCUGCAGAGCAGAGAGCCUGAUGCGGGGCUCCAUCCCAGAACCGUGAGAUCAUGACCCGAGUCAAAGGCAGAGGCUUAACCCACUGAGCGACCCCGGCGCCCCCCCUAGACUCACUUCUUUUUUUUUUUUUUUUUUUUAAAGAUUUUAUUUAUUUAUUUGACAGAGAGAAGAUCACAAGUAGGCAGAAAGGCAGGCAGAGAGAGAAGAGGAAGCAGGCUCCCUGCUGAGCAGAGAGCCCGAUGCGGGAUUCGAUCCCAGGACCCUGAGAUCAUGACCUGAGCCAAAGGCAGCGGCUUAACCCACUGAGCCACCCAGGCGCCCGCUAGACUCACUUCUUAACGCUUUGUCAGCAACUGGGUGGGGGGAAGAAGAAGUUUAAAGUUACUGAUGGAAAGGAGGUAGAGGCAUUAUCCGUGGUUUCAGUUGUUGGGUGCUUCCUGCCCCCCAGUGAAUCAGGAGUUGACCAAACAGGGGCUGUAAGAAGACACAGUAGGAGGUAGAAUCUAAGGUGGGCGGAUAAGGACCACCACCACUUAGCAAUGGAAAGGUGAGGAGCCGGAAGGUCAGUUCUGUUAACCCCUAGGAAGAUGCUGGAAGUGUUCUUAGGGUCCUGUUACCAUUCCUGGCUCCUGGACUCUGGGAGAAGCUGGGAGAAAACUCUCUCCCUGCUAGCGGAUCCCGUGGUGGAGGCAGGGACAUCAGCACCACGGCCAGCACUCGCUGGUCUUAGUCUUUGGAAGAUGGAGGAAAGCCAGGACUUGACUUUAACUAUCUCCUUUGGGAACUCUCCACAGCCAGCUUUGGGCACAUUCACCCAAAAGCAGG